AUGGCUGCUCAGGAUGAUAUCACAACCUUUAGCGGAUUUGGAAGUUGGAUGUCGACGUUCACACCGGAAUCAAGUCAAAAGACUCACCAUGUCAGCGAGCUAGAGGCGAGCUAUCCUAUCUCGAAGGUUAACACGCCUGUUGAAUUGGCCGCUGAUAACUAUCCGGCCCCGUAUGAUCCUUCAAAUCACCACUAUAUUCCGGUUCCUGCUCCAGUUCCUAUGCCAACACCGUCCCCGGUGCCACCCCCCGUUGAUAAUCGCCGCGAUGUUCCGCUCGUAAGGCCGUUGGAGAAGUACGACCCAGUGAUCCAGGAUAAACCAGAUCCCAUCACAAGGGUACAAGUAAAUGGCCUUCAGAAAGCGGGGUACCGACCUGCUGUGGGAUUCCUACGGCGGUCAAGCGGAGGCGUUUCUAUUCUUCCCCUCUCAGUACCGGUGGGCAAAGACGAAAGCGCAUGGCCCGUCCUCGUCACGGAAGGACGCUCGUGCUACGACCCCGACAUCGGCCUGCGCAUCCAUGUAGACGAGCCAUUCUCAGCAUUCCUAUCGCGACUGCAACUCUCGGUCCGCUGCGCGCACUCCAGACUGCUCGUCAACAACGGAGACCUGCGGAUUGGCUUCCACAGGACCUUGCGCGUCCCCGAAGAUGGUCGAGUGCACCUACUUCCCGCAGACUUUGGGCUCUUCCCGGUCCAAAACGUAGCUGCCUAUGCAGCAAAACUGCGGAAAUCCAACAACCCAAGUCUCGUAGACAUAGCCAACAAGUCCGGCGUCUUCUUUCCCAUGUUCCAGAGGGAGGCGAUGUGGAUCUCGUUCGAGGCGCCAGCAGGGUCAGAGUACGCUGUUCGUGUAUUCGCUGGCGGGAUUAACGUUGUUAGCGGCAAGAAAUGGGAUGCACCCAGCCUGUAUGGCGAGGAGAAGAAGCAGGACUACGUGAUGGUGCCACCGCAGAAACAUCUGGAUGGUAUUGCUGUUGGCGAUGGGAUUGUUCGACAAUUCGUGGCUAUGCCGAUCGGAAGCGGAUACUCUGUGGAAAAGCAAAUGACUGGCCGGGAGGAUGUUGGCGGGCUCCAAAUAGAGGUCACCCCUACCCAUCCGACGCUGAAGCUGUUCCAUAGACAAUGGGAAAUAGACUGGAGCGACCAGGACAGGCCUGACAUCCCCACCCCAUCGUAUUACGACAUCCGGGCCGGCGACAACAUUGUGGCCCAGAGAUGGGGAAGGGGAUUACCUUGUAUGGGUGGCAAGAUCCAGCAUGUCCAGAAGAAGCUUUUGAGGGAGUUGAUCCCAAUGGGCGAUCGAGCACCGGCUACAAUCACGGCGCUGUAUAACUUUAGACUGCAGAUUACAGUCAAGGGAAAGAUGCUCAAGCACAAGAUUGAGACUGGGGAGUUCUCUCCUUUCACCACUCUACAUCAUGUCGCGAGAGCCACGACCUUUCGAGGGAAAGAUCUCACGAAUUAUGAAUUCUGGCGAGGGACGCAGCUCGUUCCCUUGCAUACCACGUUGGCGGAAAGUGGAGUAUUCGAGGAUCCGGUGCUUGAUGCGAGAAAGCCCGCCGGUGGAGUGCCGGUCUACCCUGCUUCCCACCACCCCCAGGCUUCUUACCACACCCCGGGUUACGGCCCAAGACCCGAUCAGGAGAUUGCACCGGAUGAUUCUGUUUCUAUGGUUUCAGGAUUCCCAAGGCCGGCGCCUACUCUGCUAUCCACUGGACCCACUCCUGGUCAUCACGGACCGACCUUCCAACCGCCUGAGCCUACGCAAACCUACGAAGCUUCUCAAGCUAUGCAAGCUGGAUCAUCGCCGUCAAUGCCUACAUACGGAGCUCCACCUCCUACACAAGCAUACACUGCGCCUCCUCCCACUUCUUUCCCAAUGGCCGUUAACACUGCGCCUUCCGCCCCCGCAUAUGGAGCUCCUCCCUCUAUGCCACACUCUAGUCCUCAACAGGCAUACGGUGCGCCUCCUUCGGCGCCCGCAUAUGAAGCUCUUCCUUCCCCGCCACAAUCUAGUUCCCCACUGGCAAUAGAACUUCCCGCAGCACCCGCAGCACCCGCAGCACCCGCAGCGCCACCAACGCGAUAUGGAGCGCCUUCGCCCAUGUCGUCGCCAGCGUCUCCAUCAUCAGUACCUUCCUUUGCUACUACUCCCCAGUCUAGCCCUCCGCCUCGCACCCACCCUCCGGCACCCAGCAGACCACAGCCGGAGCCAGACCAAGAAUCGUGGGCCAUGGGCCUUGCAGCGGGAGGUCGCCUACGCCAAGAGAUAUAUCGCGACAACGACAUCUAUCGCGCAAGCACACUCAACAAAGAUGCCACAUCCCUCAUAAGCGUCCAGCUCCUGAACUCCGUAGCGUACGAAGCCAUCACCGGCAUGCUGUGCCCACCCACGCCGGUAACACUACAGACAUAUCUCGCAGCCGGCAUUCCCUGGUUCGACACCUACAGCAACAAUACGGCCUCCACCACCGGCGCCAAAAACUUCGCAUCCAUCAAGUCUGUCUCGGAGAUCGAUUACCAGAAGAAGUUCGACGUGAACACGUCCGUGGCGGAAUCUCGGAAUGUGGCGUGUACGGUUUGUAGGAGGAAUUUCUGCGAUUGCAUCCUGAGGCCUUGCAAUCAUUCUUUCUGCGCGGAGUGUGUGCGGACAAGGAUGUUUCGCGGGGGACAAGGAGCAUGUUGGGAGUGUGGGAAAGGCGUGGCGCAGAUGCUGGGGUUCUCCGCACCGAUGGCGCUGCCGGGGGAGGAAUGGUUUGUACCGGAUACUACGGCGCCUGUUGUGGUCGCGACGGGUGGAUUGGGAAAGUUUUCGUUCGAGUUGGAGUAGGUAAGGCGUGAAGUGUUUCGAUUUCGCCCAUGAACCGAAUUUGAUUCGAGGUGACCUUGGGUGGUUCCGGCACGGGAAAGCGUGUUUCUCUCUUUCCAGGUCAAGAAGACUUGCAUGAAUAUGUGCGAUACCAAGGUUCCUAGACCUAAUGUGUGGCGGACGAUCCUUUUUGAAGAAAGUGUAUUCCCCCUUAUCGAGCAGUCUCCGAGUGGCCAGUAAGGUCGACUGAGGGAACGUAGGCGACA